AAUGGGAGUGAUUUGUUUGUUUUAAUGCAGAGGUGAACAGGAUUAAAAAAAACACUAAACAUAUUGGCGGGCUCGUGUGGCGCGUUUUUCGUUGUAACUUAUCACUUAUAGUAAGUUAUAGUAAGUUAACGCAGUCCACGCCCUUAUCUUAGAAACUUUGUUUUUAUAUACAGCAAACAUCGCAAUUAUUUUAGUAAACUUUUUUGGGGUUUCGAAACAAAGGGUUACAAUCAUUUGUUUAAAAUAGUUCAAACGACGUUUUACACAAAGCAAUGUUCUUUCGCUUCGGUUUUAUUCGCUAUUUCUAUAUACUUUUUUUAAUCUAUUAAAGCUCUUCGAAGUGUAAACAACAGAAUCGCGUUUUCACGCGCUCGGGGAUUUAAAAGGGCGCGAAUCGCGCGCUCUGUUCGUGUUCCGGUUCGCACUGGAACCGCGGGGGUAUCCGUAGAAACCGUUCGCCUCUUAGCUUUCUCUUUUAAAGCCCCGCCGCAGCACAGCGAACCUCCGACGGAUUUCAGGUCUGCGAUUUUAAGCUUUGCAGUGAGGCAGAAUGAGUGAUUCUGGCAAGGACACAGUGGCUCCUAAAGAGAAAGACGGAGCAGAGAAGAGAGGACGUGGAAGACCACGAAAACACCCACAGCAGCAGGAAGCAAGUGGAUCUCCCACACCGAAGAGACCUAGAGGAAGACCAAAGGGCAGCAAGAACAAGCCAAGCUCCACUGCAUCUCGGGGCAAAAGAAAACGGCAACGGCUUCGGCACCUGCAGGGACGAAACGCCGAGGACGGCCCAGGAAAGCAGAGAAGGAGGAGCAGCCAUCUAAGUCCUCUGAGGAAGAAGAGGAGGAGGAAGAGGAACAGUAACUAGCAACUCGUGCUACCUCACAAUCCAACGUUAUUUCUUCCUGUUGACCAGAGCUGGACUGACCCUCCCCACCCCCCCAUUCCCCCUUUUACCCUUACACUAGUGCCACCCUCACCCUCCAAUUCACCUUUACGCUCUAGCGCCCCCUAGCGUCAGGGAGGCUUGCACACUUCAUGCGCCUUCUCUGUGUAACACCACUGGAAAAUGACUCAAAAUACUGUAUGUCCAUUCAUGGAUGCAUGCACACGUGAAAGCGUGUACGUAUGUCUCGCACUCAAUGGGUAAUUGGUCGAAAGUGUCUGUCAUUAUACUGGACAAAGAUAUGCUCUGAUGGCGGCUUGACACAAAGCGAUUUGCAAAAUACUGAAGUUUCCUUUUUUCGCAAACAACAGUUUCAGGCUUUGAGAAUUCAAGUUUAUUUUUACAUGUCUAAAUCUAAAAUAUGGUAGGUUGUGUGAAAUUCAUGUCGUUGUGUUCUGGACAAAGGUGAAUUGACCUACUCGUUGUUUUUACUUGGGUUGUGUGUGCGUGUGUGGUAACUCGAUGUCUCCAGUUAAACUCUUUUAGCUACUCCGUGAUUCGAGCUAGAAAUAAAAUGAACGUAUUUUUUUGAAUGAGCAUAAUCUAGAGAACUUUUAACUUGUAAUCAACAUAUCAUUGAAUGCUCUGUCGUGAAAACUUUGACUUCCUUUCUUUUUUUUUCUUUUUUUUAUAACGCCCUCUGCCAACUUGCCACCAUCAUGAUUUCGCUGAUUCCCGCGAUACAUUUACUGGCUUAAGUGGUCAGUUUAAGUCUGUUCUCCAUCUAGUUCAGUUUCCUGGAUGUGCUAAGGAACAGUUUGCUCGUCUGGCCUGUUCGAAAUGUUGUUUAUGGAGGAUGAUUGGUAUUAAUUGCGGAAAUGACUAAAUGUUUUGCCACCAACUGAUCCUUGCUCCAAAAAAGGCACUGCAAAUGAUUAGACACCAGCAGUGCUUUUAAUUGCAUCAGCCCCAAAUCCGUUAAUUACACAAGCAAACAUUUAAUCAGUUUUAUUUUUUGGCUAGAAAAUGCUAAUCAUUCCAUUUGCUCGCAAAUUCUUUGAACUUCCCAGUCGUGUCACUUCUUCUGUCCCAUUACAGUCCACUCAGACAACUUUCGCUUGUUGUGUUUUGUGUAGGGUUAUUUUUAUUUUUUUUUUUUGACGUGUUAAAUUCCAUGUCAGGGAACGCUGAUCGGUCCAGUGACUGGGUCUCCUCUCAGAACUUAAUGAUGCUACAAACAUGGUUAAUUAAACCCGGAAUACUGCAACCAGGUCAGUUCUACUCUGGACUUGACCGUCACGUUCAUACCUCACUUUACAACAGCCUAUGAUGGAUUACUCUUCUCUUUCCUGACGAUGUUCAACUGGUCUCAGUGCAGCCUUUGGCAAGCGUGUUUGUUUCUGAUCCAUUUACAGUUGUCUCCGCUGUGGGUUUUUGUUGCAUUUUAGUUUCAUUUUAAUCUGAUUUCGCUUACAGCAGUGUGCAUCAAUGAACAGAAACUGUUUUUUUCUUCAUAUAUAAACAUCUGGACACACCACAGGAAUGACUGCAUUGAGUCAGAGAGAUGCAUAACAUGUUCACAGACUGUGGUAGAGAUAUAGGUUUGUGUGUUUUAAGUUUAUUUUUCUAUACAUACUCGUUUGGUGCACUGAAUUGACUUUGAUUUGUUGUAUCAUGGACAAAAUGAUUUAGUGUGGCACCCGAAGGUUAGGGCUCUUUUUUUUCCUAUUUUUCUUUAUAAUAAACUACAUCCUGCUAGUUGCUUAGCUCUGAGCCCCCAUUAAGUAGAUCAUGAUGGUACUAUGGCUGUUUGACGCAGUGGUUUUUAACAUGCCCCUCGAUAUACUGAUGUCUUGUUUUUAUGUGCCCGUGCACACAACUGGUUUGGGAUCAGUCUUUGCAAUGUAUACACUCUGCAUUUUCUAUUGUGGACUGCAGGAAUUUAUAUUCAAAAUGGUAAUAAACUUUAGAAUUCGUACAUA